ACCAAGAUUCGAACACGGGCCAACUAGAAGGAGAAGAACUUUACUUCUCGAUUUCCAGCCACCAGGCCAUGAAGAGCCGCGGUGGUGCCUUUCUAAGCUCUCUUCUUCAUAACUCAUAAGUUUGACUGAAUUCUCUUCUUUUGAUUUUCCGAAGAAAAGUUGACCCUAAGCCCUUUUUCUCUCUCAUCUAUAUUAUAUUAUAUUAUAGAGCAGGGGACAACAGACUACAUGGUAGUAUAAUUUGCUUCAAAUUUCAAAAACUUAAGGGCAUGUUGGAGUUUCUAGUACUUUAUUGAGAGUGGGAGAACUGAGUGAAUACUGAGAUUUGGGGAGUUUGCAAUGGGGAAACUCAGUUUUGGGAAGAUGCUGGAUUGUCUUUGUCUUUCUCGUGCUAGAGGAAAUUCAUGCUCCUGUUUCUGCAUGAACACCUUGGAAAAUGAAGAUGAGUUUGAGAGAAAGCCAUUGGUGGGAAGUGACAAAUCUCAGUUGCUGCAAUUGAGGGAUGUUGUUUCGGGUAAACAGACCUUGGCCUUUCAAUUGAAGCCAAAGAUUGUAGUAUUAAGGGUGUCUAUGCACUGUAAUGGAUGUGCAAGAAAAGUCGAGAAACACAUCUCAAAGAUUGAAGGAGUGACUUCAUACAAGGUAGACCUGGAAAGCAAGAGGGUGGUUGUCAUUGGAGAUAUACUCCCUUUUGAAGUGCUGGAAAGUGUCUCCAAGGUUAAAAAUGCAGAGAUCUGGAGUUCUCCUUGCUGAUGAAUGAUGAAUAUCAUUUUGCUUCUUUCAUCUUCCAAACAACACAUCAAGUAGAAACCAAAUCUAUUUUGUGUAUUACAAGGAUUUAUACUAUUAUAUAGGCAGUGAUAUUGUACGUAAUUUCAAGUUUUUUCUUUCCUUGUCUAGAGGAAAAGAAAGCUAGAGAUUUCAGUGCUUGCUAUACAGGUUUGUGUGUCAUUGGCUGAUCCAGGCCCUGCAAAACAUUAUUGUUGUAAUUAUUAUUGAUUCCAAAACUUUUUGCUGGAUUGAUACAAUGGAUAUUUUUGCAAUAAAGUAUGGACCUGAAG